AUGGGCGCAGAGUAUGAUGUCAUCAUUGUAAAUGGAGUGGUGGUGACCGAUACUGAGCUUGGAGAGUACGAUGUUGCAAUCAAGGGUGAAAAAAUCAUAAAGGUAGUCCCCCGAGGACAAUUGAAAGAUGCUUCUGCCACAAGAACAAUCGAUGCCGAAGGUGGCUACGUUAUGCCUGGUGGAGUAGAUGCGCAUGUGCAUCUGCAAGAACCACCACUCUUCGGUAUGGGUUCGACGGCGGAUACUUAUGAGACUGGAAGUCGAUCGGCCGUAUGCGGCGGCACAACGACCAUGGUAACAUUUGCACCGCAGAAGAAAUCGGAAGACACCCUGCUCGACACCCUCAAGGCCACUCACGAAAAAGCAAAGGACAAUUGUUACAUAGACUACUCGUUCCACCUGCUCGUUGGCAAUCCAUCAGAACGAGCGCUAUCUGAGUUCAAGACACUUCGAGAUGAGGGAAUCUCGUCACUCAAGAUCUACAUGACCUACGAGGCCUUACAGCUCAACGACAGCCAGAUCCUCGACGUCCUGCUCGAAGCAAGAAGGAACCAAAUUACGACCAUGGUCCAUGCCGAAAACGGUCAAGUAAUCGACUGGAUGACCGCACAGCUCGAGAAGCGUAAGCUCUUCGCACCAAAAUACCACGGCACAAGUCACCCACCCAUGGCCGAGAUUGAAGCGACAUACCGCGCAAUCAGCCUCAGUGAAUUCAUCGAUUCCCCUAUUCUGAUCGUGCACGUUUCGACUCCGGCAGCGGCCAAACAUAUCAAGGAAGCACAGGACCGUGGAAUACCAAUCUAUGCAGAGACAUGCCCGCAGUAUCUAUUUCUGACGAAGAAGGACCUUGAUCAGCCAGGCUUCGAGGGUGCGAAAUGCGUUUGUAGCCCGCCACCGAGGGAAAGUGAGGCGGACUGCGAUGUAAUUUGGGACGGGAUCGCGAAUGGGACUUUCACUAUCCUGUCAUCGGAUCAUUGUCCGUUCCGGUUCGAUGAUAAUGUUACGGGAAAGAAGACUUGCAUCACUGAUGAAUAUCCUCAGGGGCACUUUAAGUAUAUCCCCAAUGGUAUCGCAGGUAUAGAGACUCGACUUUCCCUGGCGCUGGGUGCGGACCGCCUUGAUGUGAAGAAAUUUGUUGAAGUCACCAGCGCCAACCCAGCGAAGUUAUACGGACUAUGGCCGAAGAAAGGUGCACUAAUUGAAGGAGAGAGUGAUGCUGAUAUCAAUAUAUGGUAUCCACCGGGUAAGAUGCAGGAUUUCGCCCUGACGAACGAUUUGUUGCAUCACGACGUGGAUUACACGGCUUUUGAGGGCCGGACGAUGAAGCAAUGGCCGAGGUAUACCUUGUUAAGGGGCAAGGUUGUCUGGGAUAAAGAUGGGAAAGGUCUGUUGGGAGAGAAAGGAUACGGAAGGUUCGUAAAGAGGGGACCGAGCAUGUUGGCUGGGCCGCGAUAUGCUGGGGAGUGGGAGAUACCGUUAUAG